CAUUUAUACAGAGGCUAGCAACGAUAUUGUAAUAUGGAUGGAUUCUAUGGACGUCUUAGAACAUCUGACGGUCUCAAACAUUGUGUCAUGGUGUGCUUCACUAGCUAUGAUUUUUGGUGGGGUUGUCCCAUACAUACCCCAAUAUAGAGACAUUAAAGGCCUUGAAAGUGCAGAAGGAUUUUCAACCUAUGUGUGCCUUGCUCUACUGAUAGCAAAUACUCUAAGAAUAAUAUUUGGUUAGUUUGGUCAUCCAUUUGAAUUGCCAUUACUGAUCCAAAGUGUUAUCAUGAUACUGACCAUGUUGGUUUUGAUCCACCUCUGUGUUAGAGUUAAAAAUAAAGGUGAGAUUGUGCCAAGCUACCCAAAGCAGUUUACUGAUUUUGAUCCUCGGUUCUUCUGGAAGUGGACAGAUUUUUUGAGUUACAUUGAGUUUCUUGUAACAUUCACUCUAGUGGUUGGAGCUAUUGUGUACAUAUUUAUAGACGUCUCCUUAGUCAUAGAAGUCAUUGGAUUUUUAGCGGUACUGAUGGAAGCAAUGCUUGGAGCUCCCCAGUUUUUAAGAAACUAUCAAAAUAAAUCAACAUUUGGCAUGAGCAAGAAGAUGGUAAUCAUGUGGACCAUGGGAGACAUUUUCAAGACUUGUUACUUUAUCCUUCGCAACUCUCCCAUUCAGUUUUGUGUAUGUGGAAUUCUUCAGGUGUCAAUCGACAUUGCCAUACUGCUGCAAGUGUUAAUCUAUCGAAGCAAACAGAUAAAACACUCAGUACAUAGUAGUUGAAACAUAUUCAGAUGUUUUAAAACUAAUCAUGAAAAAAUUGUUAGCAAGAAUAAAAAGAGAUUUCAGCCUAUAGAAUACUGAACAAGUUACAUAGCGUUUGAGCACCUUAGAGUUGCAAGGAACAAUUAAAGGGAUUUGUUGUUGUAUUUCUGGAAUUUAAAUUUAAAACAUGCAAGUAUGGUAUUUAUUUAUUAGUCAGAUCUUCAGUGUCAAACAUUUAUUGAGCAGACUGCACCAUUGCACAACAGAAAUACAGAAUGUUAUAGUUUCAAAUUAAAGUAUAAGAGCUACAGUGAAUGACUUCAUAAUAAUUGUAAUAUGUAAAUAAUAAUAAAGUAAGCAAUUAGCAAUUGGUGAGAAAUAACAUAUAUAUAUAGAAUUUAAAUAAGAAAUUCAAUAACAUUCAACUUACCAUGAUUGUUUUUGUUUGUUAAAGAAUUCAAAUUUAUGUAUCUGUAUAUAUCAUUAUUUGAACUUAUAUCAUGCAAUUGACUAAAACUCCAUAAGUAAUUUGCUUAGCAUACAAGUUUUACACUAUUUUCCAUAUUGAAGUGCUUUUUUAAAAAAACAUUAAGCAGAAGACCAUUCUGUUCUGUUUUUUAAAUUAUAGAAAAAAAAAUUUAUUAAAGAAAGUGUGAAUUUGUUUUUCAUUUUAGCACCAGAAUUGUGAUCUUGUUUGAAAAAUGAGGUAAUUUAUUCCACAAAACCAAAUCUUAUGAUAACAAGUUGUUCUUAAAUCCCAGAAAAAACUUUAUAACAGAUUGUUUCAUAAAAUUUGAAGUAUUGUGUUGUGGAUUUAAAAAAUAUUUCCUUUGCAACUUUUAUGGCUAUACAAGUUGUAGUGACAGUAUGUGGAUGAGGUUAUUAUAGAUAUAACAAUCUGAUUAUUAUUUCAUUCAUUUAAAAACAAAAAAAGAGCUACAUUUACAUGAACUUUAGUAUCUGAAAAAUAGGAAAAGGAAAGAAAUUUAAUGUCUCAUUAUACAUUAUGUAAAAAAAAACAACACCUAAACAUUGUCUUGUAGAAGUGAAAAAGAGUUUGAUUAAUGUCAAUAACACCUUGAUAGUUGUAAUCAUAAAUGACUAAGACUUAUUAGGAAGUUGCUUUUGUUUAUGAGAAAUAUAAUGUUGUUAGUCCAAAAUAUAUUGGUAUUACCAAAAGUUAUACCUCAGCAUCUGUUACUGAUACAAAUUUUUAGUCUGUGGCAUAAUUUGUUCACAAGCAUUUAAGAAUUCAGUAACACUGAUGGGAAAAAAAAAAAGAGUCAAUACCUGAUGUAUUUUUCCAUUAAGACUGUAUAUAAGAUAACAAAAUAUACAUUUGUGUACUGCUAGUAGACUGUGGUGUGUUACAAGAAAAUAAUGGAAUAUUAGCUUGUUUUCAUGAUAAAGUGACCAAUAAAUUGUACAGAUGUUCAGUUAAUUCUUACACUUGUAUUACAUUUUCUUACUUUAAAUAGGUGAAUUCUUUGUUUGUAGACUACCUAAUUUCUCAAGUAAUGAGGUGAAACUUGUACUGGGUGAUUGAGAUUCAAAUGUAUAUUGGUUACAGUGUUAUUUACACUACAGAAUUAAUGUGUUGUUUAUUACUCAAUGUUUUACUAUAUGUGGAUAACUUGUAUCAAGAUUUAUACCAAAUCUGAUAGUGUUUUGUGUAAGCCAGGGACCAAUUAACAAUAUGUUGGUGAAAGAGACCAAAUAUCAAUUGAUUUCAUUACUAUGCUAAUCUAAAAGAGUUUUUCUAUUAACAUGUUUUCUUACAGAAUCUUAAAGUAUACAGGUCAUAGGUAGUAAGUCUAGUAAAUUAAACUUAAUUUUGAGCCUGACCCUCUUCUUUAGUUACUUAAUGUGAUUUCGCAAAUGAGGGUCAAAAAGAGAUAAUUUAAACUUAGUUUAGGAAGAAUUAUUGAAUUGUACAUAUAUUAAUGUAAUAUUUGCUAUUGAAUACUUUUAAUUUGUUUUCUGAUGAAAAAUAAGCACAUUGGACAACACUAACAUUAUUUUCUUCACAAAAACUAAAUAUGCUUAAUUGGGUUACGUUUCAAAAGUGAAACAAAGUUUAAAAAUUUCUCAUGACAUUUUAUGAUGAAAUUAGUCGCAGAUGUGUGUUCAGUUAGACUAAUUUGUCUUAUGAAAAUGUGUUGUGAUUAAGUGAAUGAAAAAUACAAAUGUACUUAUUUUUAUUUGAUCAUGUGCUUAUUAUCCUGUCACCCGUUACCUUAUUACUCAGAACUAUAAGAGACAAAACUUAUAAUACUAAUAAAGUAGCUGUUAGUUCCAAAGCUAUAAUACUAUUGAAAUGUUAAAAGUUUGUACUUGCAUUUAUGGAAAACAUAUAUACAAAACAGACUUUUGUUAUAACAAUGCUGUCAGUACUUUUUUUCCUUAAUUAGAAAAUGUGUGAUUAUUCCACAACUUACUUACCUGCACAAAGAACACCUAGGUGAUCUGUAGCAGUAAGGAUGAAAAUAACAAUGAUUUUAAUUUUGUAAUUGCUUCAUUUUUGUUACUUAAGAUGAUAAUAUUCUGUUAUGUUGUAAUUUUAAUGAUGAUAUGUAUUAUUAUUUUAUAAAUUCCAGUGGUUUGUACUAACACGAGGUCUAUCAUAAAAUAAAGAUGAAGAUCUCCUCCUUGUCCAUUAA